AUGCGACUCGGCCUAGGGGCCGGCAUCGUGAUGUCCUCCCCCAAGCGCGACCGGCUCAAGUACGCGCUGCAGAUCCACUUCGCCGCCUCCAACAACGUUGCCGAGUAUGAAGCCCUUGUGCACGGCCUCCGGCUUGCCAAGGAACUCGGCAUCUGGCGCAUCCUAUGCUACGGCGACUCGGACCUGGUGGUGCAGCAGAGCUCCGGCGAGUGGGACGCCCACGACUCCAACAUGGCGAGCCACCGCUUCCUCGUCCAGAAGCUAACCGAAUUCUUCACGGGCUGCGAGUUCGUCCACGUCCUGCGCGCAGAGAAUGAAGCAGUUGACACGCUCGCCAAGAUCGCCUCGUCCCGGCAGUCCAUUACGUCCGGCGUCUCCCUCGAGCAUUUGCACAAGCCGUCCAUCAAGUCGUCUCCGGACUCCGAGUCCAUCCAUGUCCCAGAUGACCCGACCGCGCCUCAACCCGGCCUGGGGACUGCACCAACCGACCCGGCCGCGCCUCAACUCGGCCCGAGGACUACUCCAGCCAGCCCGACCACACCCCAACGCGGCCCUGGGGCCGCUGAACCUGGCUCAAGGGCUGCCACCCCGAAACCCGUCGUGAUGGCCGUCCUCGCCGGGGUCGCGGCACCAUCCUGGGCCCUGCCCAUCUCGGAGUUCCUGGAAAACGGGGUCCUUCCCAUGGACAAGACCGAAGCCCGGCAAGUGCAGCACCGAGCGUCCGCCUACAACAUCAUCAACAAUGAGCUCGUCAAGCACAACUCCACCAACGUGUUCCAAUGCUGCGUCGAGCUGGACAAGGGCAUUGAGAUCCUCCUCAACAUACACUAG